GCAACAUAGCUCACAUUACGUGCGAACGCCAUCGGCGCAACACGUUGACUGACAUUCCACCUACAUCGCUGGCUCAGGAACCAUGCCCAAGGAGGACCCAGAAACGACAGCCCUCAAAAAGGAGCUAACGGAUUUGAUCGCAAAAUGCAAGGCGGAGCAGGAAAAAGGGGCUGACGCUAAAUUAGCUGAAAAAUGCGGGGAUAUGUCAGACAUUCCCAAAAUACGGCUAAGUACGAAGAAAACAUUAAAGGGGCACAUCAACAAAGUGAAUUCUGUGCAUUAUAGCGGUGAUUCCAGGCACUGCGUCACAGGCUCGCUGGACGGAAAGCUAAUAAUAUGGGAUACGUGGAGCGGCAACAAAGUGCAAGUCAUCCCUUUGCGCUCCGCGUGGGUCAUGAGCGUCGCAUUCGCACCAUCCGGGAAUUUUGUGGCGUGCGGCGGCAUGGACAACAUGUGCACGGUGUACGAUGUGAACAACCGCGACUCGACGGGCGCGGCCAAGAUGGUGCGCGAGCUGGCCGGCUACGAGGGCUUCCUCAGCAGCUGCCGCUUCCUCGACGACACUCACAUCCUCACCGGAUCGGGAGACAUGAAAAUUUGUGUUUGGGACUUGGAAGCUGGGAAGAGAACAAUGGAGUUCGAUGCUCAUGCUGGCGAUGUCGUCAGCAUUUCCUUGGCACCAGAUAUGAAGACAUACGUAACCGGAUCGGUAGACAGAACAUGUAAACUAUGGGACGUUCGAGAAGACAAAGCGAAACAGACCUUCUUCGGCCAUGAGGCAGACGUGAACAGCGUAUGUUUUCACAAUAGCGGUCAAGCUUUCGCGACGGCGUCGGAGGACAAGACAGCGCGCUUGUUCGACAUCCGCAGUGAUCAGCAACUUGGCCACUACACACCGCCAGGCGCUAGCGGAUUCACCAGUUGUGCACUAUCGCUCAGCGGAAGAUACAUCUUAGCAGGAUCAGAUGACAACAGCGUGCACUCGUGGGAUGCCCUCAAAGUAAACCAUACAGGAACCCUGAACGGGCACGAGAAUCGUGUGACCUCUAUCUCCUUGGCACCCAAUGGAGUGGCACUGGCCAGCUGCUCCUGGGAUCAGGGUGUCAGGGUCUGGGGCUGAACAAUUUCUACGACACUAUAAUACAUAACUUGAUUUCAUUAUAAAUGUAUUCCGAACCUAAUUUUUUCAAAUAUUUAGCUACAUGCAUACUCCUUUUCAAAUAAAUUCUGAAUAUGA